ACUGUCUCUCAUCCGUAAAUAACUCCGGUACCUCGCUCGUCGGACCUCUGCAAUCUCACCGUCUGCUGAAAUUGACACACACAACGCCGCUACGGUGGCGGCGGAUUCUUCAUGCGUGCGCCGCUCACAGUGGUGGUGACGCUCCGCCGCCUCCGGGACCACCUCUCCGCUGACCUCCGCCCAUCCCCGCCCUUCCCCUUCUUACCUUUCUCCUCCUCAUCCGGUUGCAUCGGCGCACCUCAUGCUUCCUGCCUCUCUUCCCUCGUUCCGGUUUCAUUGGCGAGAAAACGAAUCGCAAUAGGCCACGGGUCAUGCUUUCAGUUUCCUCUUUGCUUUCCCGCCGCCCGGCACCGUUGUCUUUAGGCCCUUUCUUGUGAAGUAUUUUGCUAGGGAGUACUCAUCGUCCGCGAGGCUUCCUGCAAGUGGCACUUCUGCUUCUUUGGCAUCUCGCGUUCGCAGUAAUUCAACCCUCCCCUCUUGCUGGCCCCGCUGCACCACAGACCACACUAAAUGUAGUUAUAUCUACAAUAGGGCAAGGGAUCAACUCCCGGCAAGUACAUGCCCGUGGGAAAAAAAACUCUCCCACCCCUAGUCAACUUGCCGAUCGACUAUAAGCUGACCCGUGAUUUACUUCCCUUCACAUAACCUGGGGACGGACUGUGAGGAACACUUGGGGUGAGCGUACUCACCUUUUUUGCUACAAUCAAUCAGCAAGCAGUUAGUGCAGCAUGUGGUGCAACUUCCUUGUCUUCUCUCUCAAGUUUGGAAUGUGGCUGACAACUUCAAGCCACGUUAUGUUAACUGAAGUUGUGCACUCAGUUGCAGACCUUGCUAAUCAGGUUUGGGCGCAAACGGUUGUGCAUGGGAUGCAGAACCUAUGGAAAGCUCAUCCUCCUGAAAAUAUGCACUAUGCUGCCUUAGUGAUUGGUGGAUCCUUCCUCGUAGAAUGUGCUUCGCUGCUUGUUGCUAUUAAUGCUGUCAAGAAAGGUGCAGCUGCAGAAGGAAUGAAAUUGUGGGACUAUGUUUGGCACGGCCAUGAUCCAACAUCUGUUGCUGUUAUGACAGAGGAUGGUGCUCCGGUUACUGGUAUUGCAAUUGCUGCAGCAUCACUAGUUGCUCUUAAGACAGGAAAUCCAAUAUAUGACCCAAUCGGCUCUAUUAUAGUUGAAAAUCUGCUUGGAAUGGUUUUAUUAUAAGUUCUUUUGAAACAGAUCAAUAGUUUUAACAUGGGAGGCUGCUAUGUUCCACUUGGAUAAUUAAUACAGUUCAGCUGAUGCUAUGUUCUGGUAUUUUAGGUUGCCUUAUUUUUAAUCCAAAGGUAUAGGCAUGCAUUAAUUGGUAGAGCAAUUGAUGACCAUGACAUAGAAAAAAGUAUUACAGUACGUAACAUGUUUAAUCAUGAGGCUUCUCUAACAUGUUGUGUGUAUAUUUAUAUCUUUUACAGGUUGUAGAUUUUCACUAUGAUUGCAACAGUGAGGUGAUUGGUCAAAGCAGAAAUAGGUAUUUUUAAGACAGCUUGAUUAUCAAUCAUAUUUUAUCUUGAAGCCUGGCAUUGCAAAGAUUUAGAUCAUUAGAUGUCUUGGGUGUCUCAGAAAAAAUUACACUUACAAUUUUUUUCUAGAUGAAGUGUAACGAAUGAAGUUUAUUAUGUAUAUAUCUGGGGAAAAGACCAAUUGUUUUACUGUAUAGUAAAUUUCUUAUUCCUCUCUGGGAAGCACAUUGAAAGGCUUUUGGAUUAAGCGCGAAGGCUUCUACCGUUGUCAUAUUGUGAUACAGAUGUAGUGGUACAAAACUAUUUAGAAAGAACUGAACGUGAUUUAUUUUCUUUCACUCAUUGCACACUGCUUUAUAUUUUUACUGGUUUAGUGUUGUUGAUUACUUUCGACCACUGCUAAUACUUGCCUUAUCCAUUCUUAAUCUACUUUUGAUUUCCUAUUGCUGCCAUUUGUACUAGACAAUUUCCAACUUAUAUAAAUAGGAUGCUUUUGAAACUCGCACUCUUGCAUUGACCGUUUCGGGAAGCAAAAUCUCAAGACGACAAUGCAUUUCUAAAUGUUAUGGCUGCUCAUGGUAUUUUCUCUGGUUUAUGCUUGUCAUUUACAUAUCCUACAUCAAUCAUUAAGAGUUCGCCGGUGUGGUUGAAGGCGAGGAUGUUGUUGAAGCGUUUGGCAGUGAAGCUGAUAGGCUUGAAUCAGAGAUUCAGAAGAUUGUUCCUGGUAUUAGCAAAGUUGAUAUGGAGUCACAUUAAUCCUGAAGCAGUUCUCUCGGUUCCACAAAUCGACCAUCAUGAGUUUAUGUUUUUUUUUUCUUUUUGCUAUAUUUCAUGACAAAUCCAACUCUUUUAUGUGAGAAUUUAAAACUUCAUUUCUUUAGAGGUCAUGUUUUGGCCUUUAGCUGUGUAAAUUUAUCACAGAUUCUUUAUGGGAGGAAAAAGAAAAAUUCAUGACU